CAGCGUCACUUUGUUAUGUACACCAGCUGAUCUGGCCGUAAAGACGACGAUCGUCAGGACUACAGCGAUCACCAGACUGCAUCAUAAUCUAUCAGAUGGUUUUGCGAAAUGAGCUAACGAGUGGGGGACUUUAUUUAUCCUUCCGGUGACAUUGCUUUUCUCGUGAUUAUUUUGCUGUGCUGUCAGGGCCGAAAAUACCUGGCUAGCUAAGGAAAUUCUCACGUCUAAUUUGCUAGCGUUCAAGAUGCAUGUAACUAGCUACCGAAACUAUUUGUGAAAAUGGUGGACACCGAGAACGAAUAGUUUGCCCUAAGGGCAUCGGGUAGUGUAUUUGCCUAAAAUCGGCCUUGUUUUGAGCGUCUGUACCCUGAUACAUAUAGCUAACUAGAUAAGCCUUGAAGUUGUCCUAACUGUUUACUGUAACAUAAGUUGCAGUGAGUGACAACUGCUACAUCGAGUAGGCUAAACAAAACCUGGAGACACCAAUGAAAAGAUACGGGUUCUGACCCUGCUAUUUACACCAGUAACGACAGUAACCCUCUUACAGUGUAAGAUGUGGUUAAAACUAUUUUUUAUCCUACUGUAUUUUAUGGUGUUAUUCGUUUUAGCCAGAUUUUUUGAAGCAGUUGUCUGGUAUGAAACUGGUCUUUUUGCCACCCAGUUGGUUGAUCCUGUAACCCUGAGUUUCAAUAAGUUAAAGACCAUUCUAGAAUGUCGAGGACUGGGAUACUCUGGGCUUGCAGAGAAGAGGGAUGUCAGAGAACUAGUUGAAAAGUCAGGUGACCUGAUGCAAGGGGAGUUGUACUCUGCCAUCAAAAAUGAAAAGGAGCAAGCUGAGUCCCAGUCUGAGUCCAGCACUACCUUCAGUGGGGAGAUGCACUUUUAUGAGCUGGUGGAGGACACCAAAGAUGGCAUUUGGUUGGUCCAGGUAAUUGCCCAAGACAGAGAUGCUCUUUUGAGCAAAGCCAACUGGGGUAAAAUGGUCCAAAAGGUUUCUCAGUUUGGCAUUCGCACUGGUACUUUUAACUGCUCCAGUGACUCAAGGUAUUGUCGUAAACGGGGUUGGAUGAAAUCCACACUUAUAAUGUCUGUGCCUCAGACUUAUGCUUCAAAAGGAAAGGUUAUGCUGAAAGAGUACAAUGGCAGACGCAUUGAGACAGAGCACAUCUUCAAGUGGAUGACGGCACACGUAGCGUCCCGUAUAAAAACCAUCCGCAUGUCUCAGCAGCUUGUUGAAGAGUGGCACCCCAGUGAGAAGCACCCAGUAAAGAUGUUCCUAUUUGCCAAGCUGGCACAACCUCCAGCCUUUUUUUCAGCACUCAGUGUCAAGUUCACAGGUCGGAUUGAGUUCAUCUUUGUAGAUGUGCAGAGCUGGGACAAUAUAACCUCCUUGGAAGAGAUAGGUGUGCAACAGUUGCCAUCGUACAUCCUGAAAAUGCCGGAGGGCAUCUACAGAUAUGGGAACAGCAUUGGAGAGUUCAUCUCCCUACAGGCCAUGGACACUUUCCUCCGUUCUGUUCAGCCAGAGGUCAAUGACCUGUUUGUGUUGAGUCUAGUGAUGGUCAACCUCAUGGCCUGGUUGGACCUGUUCAUAACACAGGGCGCCACCAUCAAGCGCUUCGUGGUUCUCAUCAGUACGCUGGGGACCUACAACUCCCUGCUCAUCAUCUCCUGGCUGCCUAUCCUGGGGUUCCUACAGUUGCCAUAUCUGGAGGGCUUCUACGACUACAGCCUCAAGCUGUUGCGUUAUGCAGACACCACCACCAUCGCCUCCUGGGUGAGGACCGACUGGACCUUCUACUCCUCCCACCCUGCCCUGUUCCUCAGCACCUACCUGGCACACGGGCUUCUCAUCGACUACUUUGAGAAGAAGAGGAGAUGCAACAAUGAAGAAGAGAACCCCAAUAACUUGGAGUGGCUGUCCAGCCUCUGGGAUUGGUACACCAGCUACUUGGUCCAUCCCAUAACCUCAUUUCAUAACUUCCCCAAUGAGUCUGACUGGGAUGAUGACCCCAAUUUCCUUCUGGAGAGGUUGGCCUUUCCCGAUCUCUGGCUUCACCCGCUUAUCCCCAUUGACUACAUCAACAACCUGCCCACCUGGAGGUUCAAGUGCACACAGGUCUGUGGGCCAAACUCUGAAGAGAACAGCGGCAGAGAUCUGGACAGCAACAUACAAAACACUACAGGAAGACAGACCCAAGGCUUAAACAGUGAGCAUGAAGAACAUGGCUGUGGUAAAGAGAGAGCUUGUGCCGCUGAUUCAUGUUGUCAUUCUGAAAAUGGAGGGGAUGUACCAUGCAUGAAAAGGGAAGCACAAGAGCAACAAGCGGAUUGGUCCCAAUGGCCCAGUGACAUGAUACACUGCACAGAGUGUGUUGUGUGUCUGGAGAACUUUGAGACUGAUUGCAUUGUCAUGGGACUGCCCUGUGCCCACGUGUUCCACCAGCAGUGCAUUGUGGUCUGGCUGGCAGGUGGACAGCACUGUUGCCCGGUGUGCAGGGGGCCAUCCUACAAGAGGAAGCCAGUUAGAUCAUCUGGUCUGGACCUACUGGAGCAGCAGGAAUAGCAGAAUGUUUCUGUCUGCCAACCUGCCUCCUGUCCUGCACUUAACUUAUAGAAAUACUUGAUGUGUCCAUCGUCAGUCCUUGGAUCCUUGUAGUUGGUUUUCAUUAAACAUUUUGGUAGUGUAAACCAAACCUACACACAAUAGGGUAUAUCUGUUGCAAGGGGAAAUUUAUUUCUAAUACUACUAGUCUCAAUAAUAAUAGCUUAAAUAAUAGAUUAAAUCUGGCUUUUGUUCAGAUAGUUUAAAUGCAUUUUUGAUCAUCUAUGUCAUGAAGAGACCUUAAUGCCCUAUCUUGAUGUUUUGCCCCACCCCAAAAAGUCAUUUGGAGAAACAAAAGUUUCAGAACUGUUAUGAACAAGGAAAUCACCAGGAAACCAAGUAGGAUACAUUUUGUCCUCUCUUUGCACAAUCUUGUCUAUCAACAUGGUCUACUUUAUUCAUGAUCAGUAUCAAUCUGAUGUUGAGUUGCUCUACUACCUAAGAAUUCUAUAUAUGGGCCUUGAAGCCAAUCAUUCCCAGAUGUAUUUAGAAAGUUAUAUUUCAGGCAUGUGAUUUGGUUUUUAAGGUUAAUUGUAUCAGUGCAUUCUCUUACCCUGCAGCACGAAAAAGUUUUUUGUUCAUAAUGGAAUGACUCUUGAAGCGAUGUGCUAUGCAGCUCUGCUGACUCCGUUUUCAUGUAUCGUUGGAGCAUGUCAAUGCCUCUUGUCUGUGUUUUUUAACAGAUUAACAUCAUGUAGGUAGGGGACCCCAACAAGUCUAUUCACUUGUUCUUGUCAUCUGUGUUGUUGGAGUUUGAAAAGAGAAUUGGAAGUGUUGACAUGUAACAUGUUACUCAUUAAAAUAAACAACAAAUGUUCAUGUGGAAUUUCUUGUCGGUUGGUAUUUGCUGGAUUUCCCAUUCCUGAACCCAGAAACCAGGUACCGGUUGUACAGUUUAAGUAACUACAGUUAUCUCCCAGCAAACAUUUGUUAAGACCACACGUUUGCCAUUUCGGUUCAGCCUAUGACAAAAUGUUCCUUGGUAAACGGAUGUCCAACUCUGACUUCGCCCCAUUGAAGUAAAAUGGUUAGAUUUUACGGUAGGGAUGUCCUUAGGAUACUGGACAGCACUAACCAUGACAAAAUAACCGAAGAUUAUCUAUUAUAUUGACAAGAUGGUUGAAUGACCACUCUAACAAUGGAAAUGCAUGUCCUUGAUUAUUGAAUGCAGGCAAGAUCAGGUUGGACACGAGUGUUGCAGCGGUCUAAGGCACUGCAUUACAGUGCUAGAGGUGUCAAUACAGACCGUGGUUCGAUCCCGGGCUGUAUCACAACCCGGCUGUGAUCGGGAGUCCCAUAGGGCGGCCCACAAUUGGCCCAGCGUCGUCCUGGUUAGGGUUUGGCCGGUGUAUGCUGUUAUUGUAAAUAAUAAUUUGUUCUUAACCGACUUGCCUAGUUAAAUAAAACAUUCAAAAAACUAUGAGUGGCUAAACACGUUACGCUGCAGUAAAAUUAUCUUGCGAAAGUUUCUGUACAUGAGAGAUUAAUGAGUGGGCAGAUGCGCGUGUGAACAACAGCUACGACGAAGUCGUUUUCCCCAAAGCUGCCAGUGUUGUGCCAAAUCUCCCUAAUGUCUAAUGUCUGCAGUUUUCGGUUUGGCUAUUUGUUUGAAAUGUAUUAGUCUGUAAAUAAAUCUCUGCCAAAAUU